CUGUUAUUGCUUUAAACUGGUGCAAAUUUUCUCCUCCUGAGGCCAAACUGCUUUACAACCAAUCUUUUGCUUUGCUCUAAAAUACUACAUAGUGAUGACAGGGUAAGGAAGGGCAUGACUUCAAGAAGGCUUUCUGAAAAGCCACAGCAAAUAAAUGGACUUGCACUCCUUCGCCUGAUUCCCCAGUAUCUUUGUAUCUAUCGCACACUGGUGUAACAGGGUUUAAUAGGCUGCUCCUUGGAAAGCAGAAGCAGAUUACGGCACUGUAAAGAAGUGUUUUCAUCUAAACGCAAACUCAUCGGACCACAGUGAAAGUUGUGUUGCAUGUGUUAACAGACAAACCCUGCAGCCAGCUGCCUGCCUGGGCAGUGGCACUGGAAGACACUAAAGCCAUGGGUGCUGGAAAAGAGGGCAUGUCCUGAGCAGCAUGCAGCGCCUUAAUUCAGACCGCUGCCUCGAAUGAAGCGGGUUUCAAUAUGCUUCUGUUCCCUUGAGUUUAAUUUCCUUCCCAACGAGUUGUGAGGUCUGCUUUAAAGCCUAACAACCUUGAGUUUAUUUUAAAUCCCACCCUCGCCUGCCAAAUUUACUGUUCUAGAACCUAGAUGGCACUACCAGGGCAGAUCCCCUCCGGGGUCAAUGAGCUGUUAACGGGCAUUACCGGCCCAGCCCCUCGGGCUCAGCGCCUGCCGCCCCGCAGCAGUUCCACCCCGCAGGCCCCGGCCCUGCGCUCCCCGUGUCAGGGCCGUGCUGUGUCAGGGCCGGGCCGUGCCGAGCAGCCAUGCGGAGACGUCGGCUAGCGGUGAUUCUGGCCGUGGCUGUGGCACUGCUGGGUGCCACCACGCUGCUGAGGCGCCGUGAAGGGAGCGGGGCAGGGGCUGGUGGCUCUGCUGAGGGCACGGCACUGGAGCGAGCGUGUGGCACGCUGCUGGCCGGGCAGGCUCCCACGCUGCAGGAUGGGGGGCUGCGACCCGCAGCCAGGGACUCCUCCUGCAGCGAGUACGUGUCCCACAGCCGCUACAUCACCCGGGUGCUGUCAGCCGAGGAGGCAGCCUUCCCCCUGGCCUACAUCAUCACCAUGCACAAGGAGUUUGAGACCUUCGAGCGGCUCUUCAGGGCAGUCUACAUGCCCCAAAAUGUCUACUGCAUCCACGUGGAUAGCAAGGCUCCAGCUGCCCUGCAGCAAGCGGUGCGGCGCCUGGUGGGCUGCUUCCCCAACGCCUUCCUCGCCUCCCGCACGGAGCGGGUGGUCUACGGCGGUGUGUCCCGCCUGCGGGCCGACCUGCACUGCAUGAAGGACCUGCUGGCCUCGACCGUGCCCUGGCACUACCUGCUCAACGUCUGCGGGCAGGACUUCCCCUUGAAGACCAACUGGGAGAUCAUCCAGCAUCUGAAAGCCUACAGGGGGAAGAACAUCACUCCCGGAGUGCUGCCACCAGCACACAUCACCACACGCACCCGCUUCAUGCACCUGGAGCAGGGUGGGAGCAAUGUUUCAGGGCUGGUCACCCCCCAGGUGCACAAGGCUCCUCCACCUCAUAACCUGACGCUGUACUUUGGUUCUGCGUACAUUGCGGUCACCCGGCCCUUUGUAGAGUUUGUGCUGCAGGACCCGCGUGCCAUCGACUUGCUGGCGUGGUCUGAGGACACCUACAGCCCUGAUGAGCACUUCUGGGUGACGCUCAACAGGAUCCCAGGUGUGCCUGGGUCCAUGCCUAAUGCAUCGUGGGAAGGUGACCUGAAAGCAGUGAAGUGGAUUGAUAUGGAAGACAUCCAUGGAGGUUGUCACGGUCAUUAUGUCAGAGGCAUUUGUGUAUAUGGAACAGGUGACCUCGAGUGGCUUUUUAACUCCACCUGUAUGUUUGCAAAUAAGUUUGAACUCAGAACGUACCCGCUGACUGUGGAGUGCCUGGAGCUGAGACAUCGAAAGAGGACCUUGGCACAGAGUGAAGUUCAGGUGGAACCAAACUGGUAUUUCUAGCUAGUGCAAACCCAGGAUACAUCAACAAAAGUGACCAGAAUUACACCAGAAAUCUAAUUUCUGCUUUGCUGGAAGCACAUGUUCAUCCAACAGGUUCCUUUAGGAUGUGCAAUAGAUGCACCUCAGGUCAGCUUGUCUCACUUUGUCUGCAAAUCUAUCUUUUCACUUCACAUUUGGAGACCAAAAUGUGGGAGAUCCAAAAAGAACCAAGAGAGCACAGCUCUUUGCAGCUGCCCUUUUUGCA